UCUGUUUGGUUUGGAACCAAUAGUAGCCUUUCCAAAAUAUUGGCGUGCCCCACCUGUUUGGCUACAGUUUGGUUCGCUACCAAUUUUGGCUCGCCCCGCCCCAGCGCGGGCGCGCCCCCGUCUGCUUUUCGCCAAAUCGCGGGCGAAACCGCGGCGCGGAAAUCGUUCGCCAAAAAAUUGGCAGCCAAAUCUGGCGCGAGCAGCCCACGGAGGUAUAAAACGGUUCGCCCACUUUUUUCCCCAUCCACUUCACUUUCCCCAUCUCAUCUCAUCUACACACGCACACAAGAACAAGAGGAGCGCACGAUCUGCAGGCUGCAGCUAUCUCCAGUCGCCGGUUCCCGUGUCAGUCCGAGCUGCUCCGGUGGCCGCCGGUGCUGCUCCACCUCUUGGACUAACCUCUCCAUCAACGCACGUCAAGAUCAUGGGGAAGAAUAAGCUCGCUGUCAAGAGUGAGGACGACUGCAACUCUCGUGAUAAGUACAUAACCUGGACGGAUGAAACUACAAAGUUUAUGCUGGACUGGUAUAUUGAUCUCCGUAGGGACAAACCAGCAACUUUCAAGUUCAAGAAACAACACCACUUGCAGUGUGCCGAUGCUCUAAAUGGCAAGUUUUCUCUUGGAGCCACUCAAAACCAAGUGGAUCGGCAUUAUCGUUCGUACAAGGAGAAGUGGAGCUGGGUGCGACGAGCCAUGAACAAUAGUGGCAAUGGCUUUGAGGCUAGCACUUGCAAAUUUACACUCUCCGAGUCAGAAAAGCAACAUCUCAGUAAAACAACAAUCAAUUAUCUUACUAGACCCAUCAGGUUCUUCCAUGAAUUGGAAGAGUUGUUUUCCGACCAAUCCCAAGCUGAUGGCUCACUCGCAAUUGACCAAACCACUGUCAAUGUUGAUGAUGGUAAUGAUGACAAUGAUGAUUUGGUGGAACAUGAAAGCUAUCCAAUCCCAGUGGACAGUGAUGAAGCUGACUCGGAUAUCAUUGGUCGCCUCAGUCCUAAAGUUGAGUUGGAUGGUAAUCCUUUAAACAAGAAGCGCAAGCGAGUGACAUCAUCACCUUCCAAGAAUCCAACCAAGGGCAAAACAAACAGUAAAGGCAAGGUAUCUAAUGAUGAUAUAGCAGUUAGUAUUAAGAAGCUAGCUGACUCUCUUGCAUCCCCAAUUAUUCCUGUGCAACCAAUGCCACCCACAGAUCCUUAUGCAAAUCUUUGGAAGCGAAUAAAUUCUCUAACCAUCACAGCUAAGGAUAAACUUGAGAUUGCAACCCAUCUAGCCAAGCCGGAUCAAGAUAUCUUUAGCUGAUGUAUAAAACAUUAUAUGGGCUAUUUAAUGUAUUGAACCCUGUCAUUGUGAAGAUCCCAGGUGUUAGUUCCAUUGUCAUAUAUGUAUCAUGUUUCAUAUAAAUACAAAAUUUCUUGUUUGUUGUCA